AUGGCUACUUCAACAAGUUUGUUGCAGCACGUUGGUAGUGCUAUUGACAAUGAGUCUGACUAUAGGAGCAUCGUGGGAGCUCUACAAUAUGUUGUUACCACUCGGCCUGAUAUCACCUUUGCUGUUAAUAAAGUAUGCCAAUUUAUGCAUAAGCCUCUUGAUCAGCACUUUAAGGCUGUCAAACGGAUUCUUAGAUACCUUCAAAAUGCUAUGGAGUAUGGUCUUCAAUUUACUACUGUUGUUAACUUGGAUCUAGUAGGGUUUUUUGAUGCAAAUUGGGAAACGAAUGUAGAUGACAGGCGACCAACCACAGGUUUUUGUGUUUUUCUUAGUGGAAAUCCUGUGGCCUGGGGAUCCAAGAAGCAACAAGUUGUCUCCAGGUCUACUGCAGAUGUUGAGUAUCGCGGUUUUGCUCAUACUGUUACCAAUGUUAUCUGGCUGGAAUCUCUUUUGUCUGAGUUGCAUGUUGUUCCUUCUAAGAAAGCUACAGUUUAG